AUGUUCAGUGAGCAAUGCACUGACAGGGUACAUAGAUGCAUCCUUUGGUGUUACCGGUCAUAUCUGUCUCUCUCUGUCCCCUGUUGCAGUAAGUUUCUGAUCUACUCCUGCCUGCUGCUGUUCUCCGUGUUGCUGUCCUUGAGGUUGGAUGGGGUCAUCCAGUGGAACUACUGGGCUGUGUUCACCCCGAUAUGGCUGUGGAAGCUGCUGGUCAUCAUUGGGGCCUCUGUGGGCACUGGAGUCUGGGCACACAACCCCCAGUACAGGGCUGAAGGGGAAACAUGUGUGGAGUUCAAAGCCAUGUUGAUCGCGGUGGGGCUCCACGUUCUGUUGCUGAUGUUCGAGGUGUUAGUGUGCCACCGCGUGGAGAGAGGAAACUACUUCUGGCUGCUCGUCUUCAUGCCGCUCUUCUUCGUGUCGCCUGUUUCUGUAGCAGCCUGCGUCUGGGGGUUUAGACACGACCGCUCCCUCGAGCUGGAGGUGUUGUGUUCAGUAAAUAUCCUCCAGUUCAUCUUCAUCGCGCUGAGGCUGGACAGGAUAAUCAACUGGCCUUGGCUGGUGGUGUGUGUCCCGCUGUGGAUCCUGAUGUCCUUCCUGUGCCUUGUUGUCCUCUACUACAUCAUCUGGUCUGUCCUCUUCCUCCGCUCCAUUGACAUCAUUGCAGAGCAACGGCGAACUCACAUUACCAUGGCAAUCAGCUGGAUGACCAUCGUUGUGCCCCUUCUCACCUUUGAGAUCCUCCUGGUGCACAAGCUGGACGGCCACAACAGUCUGAGCUACGUAUGUGUGUUUGUCCCGCUCUGGCUCUCGCUGCUCACGCUCAUGGCCACCACGUUUGGGCAGAAGGGAGGGAACCACUGUGAGUAUUUAAAGCUGGUAAUGUGCUGCGGGCUGCUGAAUAUCUCCACUGCAUUCCUUUCUGCUCACCGUGGUGAUAAUAUACACUGCUCAAAAAAAAUAAAGGGAAGCUUUUCAGGCCAAAUCCGGCUGUUCACUGGGAUGUUGCUGAGCCUGGUUCCAGUGCCCACUAGCCUAGCUCCAGUUCUGGUGCCUUUCUGGCACCACUCCUCGCCAGCAUUCCUUGCUGGGUCCCCACCUCAUCCCAGACCUGAAAACCUCCUCCUCCCGGCGGUCCAAAGAGCCUGCGCAAGCGGUGUAAACUACACCAACACUUCCCUGGUGCUCCAAGCUCCCAGUCUAGGUAGAGCCAGCUAA